GCGGCGGCUGCGGCUGCGGGGGCUGCGGCGCCAGUGGAGGCGCGCGGAGCUGUGGACCCCGCGAGCAGCAGCAGCUGCGGCCAGGAGCCCGGCGCGCCCCCCGGCGCCAUGCACUGCGAGGUGGCCGAGGCGCCCUCGGACAAGCGGCCCCCGGAGGCCCCCGGCGCCCCGGCGCCCGGCCGCGGGGCCCUCGGCGCGCACAUGGCCUUCAGGGUCGCGGGCGGCGGCGGCGGCGGCUGCGGGGACGCGGCCCCGCGCGAGCUGCUGGCCCGGCCGCCCGCGCCGCCGCCGCGCGCCCACGACCUCCUGCGGCCCCGGAGCCCCCGAGACUACGGCGCGACCAAGGCCACCGUCCCCGGCAAGGUGAACGGGAGCCAUGGCCACUGCACCCCCGGCUCAGAGAAGAGCCUGCUGGACCUGGACCUGGCCGAGGGCCCCAGUCCUACCUGCUGCCAGGGCCUGUUCCUCCCGGCGGGCACCCCGCCCCCCCGGGCCCACCCCCCGGCCUGCGAGAGGCUACUGCACCUCCCCCUCCCGAGCAGGUCACCCCGACCCCCGGCCGCCUACGUGAACGGCAGCCUCCCUGUCCCCCCGCACAUCAAGCAGGAGUCCCUGCCCGCCUACCGGUCCAUGAUGGAAGCUCGGGCCACGCUGGCCGCCCACCGCCGGGCCCCGCCGGCGCCCGGCCUGCACAGCGACCUGGCCAGCACCGCAGCCUCCUGCUACCUGCUGGGCACUGAGCCCAGCCCUGGCCUGGGCCCCCCGCCAGAAGCCCACCUCCCCGAGGGCAGCCUGAAGCGCUGCUGCCUCCUGGGCCUGCCCCCCAGCUCCUCGGCCGCCCCUGACGUCCCCCCGGCCCCCCGCGCCUCCCAGAGCCCUCUGGUCACCUGCGUGAACGGACUCCGGAGCCCCCCGCUGCCAGGAGACCUGGGGGGCCCUGCCAAGCGGGUCCGGCCGGGCCCCGCCUCCCUGGACGGCCGAGUGGACGGCGUGCCACUGGACCCUUGCCGCAAGGCCGCCUUCCUGAAGCAGGAGCCGGCGGACGAGUUCUCCGAGCUCUUCGGGCCGCCCCAGCCGGGCCUGCCGCCCCCCUACCCCCUGCCCCCGCUGCCCCCCGGGCCCCUGGGUGGCCUGGGGCUGGGCCGGGUGGCCGGGAGGCAGGCCUGCCGCUGGGUGGACUGCGGCGCGGCCUACGACCAUCAGGACGAGCUGGUGCGACACAUCGAGAAGAGCCACAUCGACCAGCGCAAGGGCGAGGACUUCACCUGCUUCUGGGCCGGCUGCGUGCGCCGCUACAAGCCCUUCAACGCCCGCUACAAGCUGCUCAUCCACAUGCGGGUGCACUCGGGCGAGAAGCCCAACAAGUGCAUGUUUGAAGGCUGCAGCAAGGCCUUCUCGCGGCUGGAGAACCUGAAGAUCCACCUGCGGAGCCACACGGGCGAGAAGCCGUACCUGUGCCAGCACCCGGGCUGCCACAAGGCCUUCAGCAACUCCAGCGACCGCGCCAAGCACCAGCGCACCCACCUCGACACGAAGCCCUACGCCUGCCAGAUCCCCGGCUGCUCCAAGCGCUACACGGACCCCAGCUCCCUGCGCAAGCACGUCAAGGCCCACUCGGCCAAGGAGCAGCAGGUGCGGAAGAAGCUGCAUGUGGGCGCAGAGUCGGACGCCGCCACGCUGACUGAGUGCCUGGGCCUGCAGCAGCUGCGCGGGGCCACCCCACUGCCGGCCACCGACGGGAAGGGGAACCGCGCCCUGGGCCAGGAGCUGCUCCCAGGUCUCUUCCCUGCUUCUGCUGCCCCCCAGAACGGGCUCACCGCCGGCAUCCUGCCGCCCACGCACGAGGGCCCGGCCAGACACCACCUCCUGGAUGCCACCGCUUCCCAGCACCACCUGUCGCCUCUGCCCACGACGGAGAGUACCAGGGACGGGUUGGGCCCUGGCCUCCUGCCCCCCAUGGUCAGCCCCCUGAAGGGACUCGGGCCACCACUGCUGCCUCCAUCCUCCCAGGGGCAUUCUCCAGGGGGCCAGCCCUUCGCCACGCACCCCAGCAAGCCUCCCUACCCGCCUUUCCAGAGCCCUCCAGCCCCGCCUCUGCCCAGUCCCCAAGGGUACCAGGGCAGCUUCCACUCGGUGCCCAGCUGCUUCCCCUACGGUGAGUGCUACCGGCCAGCCGAGGCAGCGGGUGGGGAGGCGCUGUCCGGGGAGGCCCACCCUUUCCACCCGCUGCGGCCCAACGGCUACGCCGGCCUCGGGGCCCCUCUGCCGGCCACAGGUUACGAGGCCCUGGCCGAGGCCCCCUGCCCCACAGCACUGCCCUCACAGUCCACCGAAGACGUUGUGUCCAGCGGCACCGAAGACUGUGGCUUCUUCCCCAACGGGGCCUUCGACCACUGCCUGGGCCACAUUCCCUCCAUCUACACGGACACCUGAGGGCCUGGGCUGCCCCCAGCCUGUUC